GAGGGCCGGCGGCCGGGGGGGGGGAAGGGGUUUGCAGUCACAUGGAUGCAAAGCUUUUGAUUAAUGUCCAAGUCCGGGCUGCCGCGGAGCCUUUCCAGCCCCUCCGCUAACAGGGCGAGCUGGGAACCAGUGACCGCUGGCUUCCUCCGGGCCCUGGCCCCUUCCUGACGGGAAAGGCGCCCGCCCGGGGGGGCUGCCCGCCUGCGGGGCCGGGGGAGCGGGAGCCGAGGCUGCUGCUCGGCCGGGGAGCGCCCGCAGCCCGGCUCCGCGAUGUGACUUCCAGCGGCUCUUUUGUUGUCCUCGUCCGCAGCCAGGCGCCGGGCCGGGGGCAGCGCUCCCCUCCGGCUUCACCAUGACGGAGGAGAGCAAGGGGGAAGGCAGGGGGGAGAGCGGGAAGGACCUGGAGAAGCAGCUUCGCCUGCGGGUCUGCGUCCUCACCGAGCUGCUCAAGACCGAGCGGGACUACGUGGGCACCCUGGAGUUCCUGGUGUCGGCUUUCCUUCACCGCAUGAUCCAGUGUGCUGCAGCCAAGGUGGACAAAAAUGUCACAGAAGAGACAGUUAAGAUGUUGUUUUCAAACAUUGAAGACAUUCUGGCAGUGCACAGAAACUUCCUGUCGCUGGUGGAGGAGUGCUUGCAGCCAGAGCCCAGUGCCCAGCAUGAAGUUGGGACCUGCUUUCUGCACUAUAAGGAGAAAUUCCGCAUCUAUGAUGAGUACUGCAGCAACCACGAGAAGGCACAGAAGGUUCUGCUUGACCUGAACAAGAUCAGGACAGUGCGGGCGUUCCUCCUGAACUGCAUGCUGCUGGGGGGCCGCAAGAACACGGACGUGCCCCUGGAGGGGUACCUGGUGACGCCCAUACAGAGGAUAUGCAAGUACCCCCUGCUGCUCAAGGAGCUGCUGAAGCGGACCCCGCGGAAGCACAGCGACUACGCGGCGCUGAUGGAAGCCCUGCAGGCCAUGAAAGCUGUCUGCUCCAACAUCAACGAGGCCAAGAGGCAGAUGGAAAAGCUGGAGUUCCUGGAAGAGUGGCAGUCCCAUGUGGAGGGCUGGGAGGGCUCCAACAUCACGGACACGUGCACGGAAAUGCUGAGGAGCGGGCUGCUGCUGAAGAUCUCGGCAGGGAACAUCCAGGAGAGGAUAUUUUUUCUCUUUGAUAACCUUUUGGUCUACUGCAAGAAAAAGCACAGGCGGCUGAAGAACAGCAAAGCCUCUACAGAUGGGCACCGGUACCUCUUCAGGGGCAGGAUAAACACAGAGGUGAUGGAGGUGGAGAACGUGGACGACGGCACAGCUGACUACCACAGCAGUGGCCACACAGUCAUUAAUGGCUGGAAGAUCCACAACACAGCCAAGAACAAGUGGUUUGUCUGCAUGGCAAAGACCCCAGAGGAGAAGCAGGAGUGGCUGGAAGCGAUCCUGAAAGAGCGAGAGAGGAGAAAAGGCUUAAAGCUGGGCAUGGAGCAGGACACGUGGGUGAUGAUCUCUGAGCAAGGAGAAAGGCUGUACAAAAUGAUGUGCAAACAAGGGAACCUCAUCAAGGACAGGAAGAGGAAAUUAACCACUUUCCCCAAAUGCUUUCUUGGAAGUGAAUUUGUGUCCUGGCUGCUGGAAAUUGGAGAGAUCCACAAGUCUGAAGAAGGAGUUCAUCUUGGCCAAGCUUUGCUAGAGAAUGGCAUCAUCCAUCAUGUUACAGACAAGCACCAGUUCAAGCCCGAGCAGAUGCUGUACAGGUUCCGAUACGACGACGGCACGUACUACCCCCGCAGCGAGAUGCAGGACGUCAUCUCCAAGGGGGUGCGGCUGUACUGCCGCCUUCACAGCCUCUUUACCCCAGUAAUCAGGGAUAAGGAUUACCACCUGAGAACCUACAAGUCGGUGGUGAUGGCUAACAAGCUCAUCGACUGGCUGAUUGCCCAGGGGGAUUGCCGGACGAGGGAGGAAGCAAUGAUAUUUGGGGUGGCUCUCUGUGAUAAUGGCUUCAUGCACCACGUGCUGGAGAAAAGCGAGUUUAAGGACGAGCCUCUGCUGUUCCGCUUCUACGCGGACGAGGAGAUGGAAGGGUCCAACAUGAAGCACAGGCUGAUGAAACACGAUCUGAAGGUGGUGGAGAAUGUCAUAGCCAAGUCCUUACUGAUCAAAUGUAAUGAAGGCACCUAUGGCUUUGGUCUGGAAGAUAAAAACAAAGUGCCCAUCAUUAAAGUGGUGGAGAAAGGAUCCAGCGCUGAGAUGGCAGGCUUGGAGGUUGGGAGGAAGAUCUUCGCCAUCAACGGCGACCUGGUGUUCCUGCGGCCCUUCGGGGAGGUGGAUUGCUUCCUGAGAGCCCUGCUGAGCAGCAGGCAGCCCCUCCGCGUCCUCGUCAGCACCAAGCCGAGAGAGACAGUGAAGAUUCCUGACUCUGCAGAUGGCCUUGGAUUCCAGAUCCGGGGCUUUGGCCCGUCCGUGGUUCAUGCUGUUGGGAGAGGAACAGUGGCAGCUGCAGCAGGUCUCCACCCCGGGCAGUGCAUAAUCAAAGUGAAUGGCAUCAACGUCAGCAAAGAGACCCACGCCAGCGUCAUCGCCCACGUCACUGCCUGCAGGAAGUACCGGCGCCCCAUGCAGCAAGAUUCUAUCCAGUGGGUUUACAACAGCAUUGAGAGUGCGCAGGAAGAUCUUCAGAAAGCCUCCAGCAAGCCCUCUGGAGACGAUGGAGGAGAUGCCUUUGACUGCAAAGUGGAAGAGGUAAUUGACAAGUUUAACACCAUGGCAAUAAUUGAUGGGAAGAAAGACCACGUGAGCCUGACUGUGGACAACGUUCACCUGGAGUAUGGGGUGGUCUAUGAGUAUGACAGCACAGCUGGCAUCAAGUGCCACGUACUGGAGAAGAUGAUUGAACCAAAGGGGUUCUUCAGCUUGACUGCAAAGAUUCUGGAAGCCCUGGCAAAAAGUGAUGAAUGCUUUGUGCAGAGCUGCACCAGUCUGAAUUGCCUGCAUGAGGUGAUCCCCACUGAGCUGCAGAGCAAGUUCAGUGUCAUCAGCAGUGAGAAGAUUGAGCACAUCCACCGCAGGAUCUCCAGCUACAAAAAGUUUUCAAGAGUACUGAAAAACAGAGCUUGGCCCACCUUCAAACAGGCCAAGUCGAAGAUUUCCCCUCUCCACAGCAGCGAUUUCUGUCCCACCAACUGCCACAUCAAUGUGAUGGAGGUGUCCUACCCUAAGACCUCCACUUCCCUGGGUAGUGCCUUUGGUGUGCAGCUAGACAGCAGAAAACAUUCCUCCCAUGAGAAGGAAACUAAAAACUCAGAUCAAGGUAAGCUGAAUCCCAUGGUGUAUAUCCAGCACACCAUCACUACCAUGGCUGCUCCUUCAGGCCAGUCUCUUGGGCAGCAAGAAGGCCAUGGGCUGAGAUACCUCCUGAAAGAAGAGGAUCUGGAAACACAAGAUGUGUAUCAGAAGCUGCUGUUCAAACUGCAGGCUGCACUGAAGGAGGUGGAAUCCUGUGUCUGUCAGAUAGAUGACCUCCUCUCUUCCAUCACCUACUCCCCGCAGUCGGAUCGGAAGACGCCUGAGCCCGUGGUGCCAGCAGACAGUGACAACGAGAAGGGGGAGAGGAAUGGGAAGAAAGUCUGCUUCAGCGUGACAGGGGAGGAGCAGGAGGACUCUGGCCAUGACACCAUCAGCAACAGGGACUCGUACAGUGACUGCAACAGCAACAGGAACUCCAUUGCCUCCUUCACCAGUGUCUGCAGCAGCCAGUGCAGCUCCUACUUCCACAGUGAUGAGAUGGAUUCAGGCGACGAGCUCCCCAUCAGCGUUCGCAUCUCCCACGACAAGCAGGACAAGCUCCACAGCUGCCUGGAGCACCUCUUCGGUCAAGUCGAUUCCAUUGCCAACCUCCUCAAGGGACCAGCUGUGAUGAGGGCUUUUGAGCAGACCAAGUAUUUCACACCAGGUCGAGGCCUCCAAGAGUUCCAGCAGGAAAUGGAACCAAAGCUGAACUGUCCGAAGAGGCUGCGGCUUCAGAUCAAGCAGGACCCCUGGAACCUCCCCAGCAGUGUCCGCAGCCUGGCCCAGAGCAUCAGGAAAUUUGUUGAAGAGGUGAAGGCACGAAUCCUCCUGGCCCUGCUGGAGUACACAGACAGCGAGAUCCAGCUGAGGCGAGACAUGGUCUUCUGCCAGAGCCUCGUGGCCACAGUCUGUGCCUUUUCAGAGCAGCUCAUGGUGGCCUUAAAUCAGAUGUUUGACAGCAACAGAGAGUAUGAAAUGGAGACCCUGGAGGCCAGCAGAAGGUGGUUGGAGCAGAUAGCCAGCGCUGGGCUUCUCCUCCACUUCCAGUCCCUGCUCUCACCUAACCUGGCUGAUGAGCAGGCCAUGCUGGAGGAUACACUGGUUGCACUCUUUGACUUGGAGAAAGUUGUUUUUCACUUCAGACAAGCAGAGCCAGAGCCGCUGGUUGCAAACGUGCCAAUCACCUACCAGGCAGAAGGAAGCCGCCAGAGCCUGAAGGUUUACUUCUACCUUGACAGCUGCCACUUUGAACAGCUUCCUCAGAGGCUGAAGAAUGGAGGGGGCUUUAAGAUCCACCCAGUGCUUUUUUCACAAGCACUGGAGAGCAUGGAAGGCUAUUAUUACAGAGACAGUGUCUCUGUGGAAGAAUUCCAAGCCCAGAUCAAUGCAGCCUCCCUGGAAAAAGUCAAGCAGUACAACCAGAAACUACGGGCAUUCUACCUGGACAAGUCCGACUUGCCUCCAAAUUCAACCUCUAAAGCAGCUUACAUAGACAAGCUGCUGAGGCCUCUGAACUGCCUGGAGGAGCUGUACCGGCUGGUGGGGUCCUUCAUCCGCUCCAAGCGCACUGCCGCCUGCGCCUACACCGCCUGCAGCGCCUCGGGCGUGGGGCUGCUCUCCGUGGCCUCCGAGCUCUGCAGCAGGCUGGGGGCUUGCCACAUCAUCAUGUGCAACAGCGGAGUUCACCGCUGCACUCUGAGUGUCACCCUGGAGCAGGCCAUCAUUCUGGCCAGGAGCCACGGGCUGCCUCCUCGCUACAUCAUGCAAGCCACGGACGUCAUGCGCAAGCAGGGUGCAAGAGUACAAAACACAGCCAAGAACCUGGGAGUGAGGGACCGGACGCCGCAGUCUGUGCCAAGGUUGUACAAACUGUGCCAGCCGCCACCACCUGCGGGGGAGGAGUGAGGAGAGCAGCUCCAGAGACCAUUCCAGUCGUGGCCUCCAGGAUCCUGGGAAUCUGCCUGCCCUGGAGC